AGAAAGUAAUGUUGAAUUUCUUUUCUAUAAUGUUACAGUUUAGUAUAUGUUUCAUUUAAUUCCAAAAUGGAUCUAAAAUCCAUUUUAGAAAGUCAUUUGAGUAAAUGUGGAAAUAAGUCAAAGAUUAGUUCAGAGGAUUCAGCAACAAUUUCUAAUGUUGGCAGUAGUACCAAAUCAACUUUGCCUGAAAAUUCAUCUACCUUAGAUGACUCUACAUUUAACUCAGUCUUAGAUGAUCCAGCAUUGGAGGCUGAAACUGAACAACUAUUUGAGAAAUAUUACUGUGAAUGGAAAGGCUUGGACUCCUCUCAGCCCUCCACAUCCAAGCCUGUGCUGCCAAAAUUUUAUCAGAAGCUACCAGCUGAAGACGACACCUUGCGGCAGAAGCUGAGAGAAGAGUCUAGGGCCAUGUUCCUUCAGCGUAAAAGUCGUGAGCUCUUGGAUAAUGAGGAACUAAAACAACUCUAUGUGCUUCUUGAUAAGCAACCAAGUCCACCCAUAGAUAACACUGAAGAGCAGCUCAUUAACUAUGAUGAUUUUCUCAAAGUAGCUGAACUGGCUGGCCCUAAGUGCCGCCAGUACUUCCAACCUACGACUUUUAUGAAGUUGCUGCAGAACGAUCCUUAUGGCCGCAUUUCUGUAAUGAAUUUCUUCAACUAUGUCAUGAGAAAAGUGUGGCUUCAUCAAACGCGAAUUGGCUUGUCUCUUUAUGAUGUCUCUGGCCUCGGUUACCUCAGAGAAUCAGACCUGGAAAACUACAUUCUUGAGCUCAUUCCUACUCUACAUCAACUGCAAGGACUUGAACAAUCGUUCCACUCUUUCUAUGUGUGCACCGCCGUUCAUAAAUUUUUCUUCUUCCUAGAUCCCCUACAUACGGGGCAGAUUAAAAUCCAAGACAUCCUUUCGUGCAGCUUUCUGGACGACCUUCUGGAGCUCAGAGACGAAGAUUUACCCAAAGACCAGCAACAGAGCAACUGGUUCUCGGCCCCGUCCACCUUACGUGUCUAUGGUAUGUACCUCAACUUGGACAAAGACAGAAAUGGGAUGUUAUCGAAGCAAGAACUGCUGAAAUUUGGUAUGGGGACUCUGACUCCUGUAUUCAUUGACAGAGUCUUCCAAGAAUGCCUCACUUAUGAUGGUGAGAUGGACUACAAAACGUACCUAGACUUCGUCUUGGCUCUCGAGAACAAAAAAGAGCCGCAAGCCUUGCACUAUUUCUUCAAGAUUCUCGACAUCGACAAGAAGGGGUAUUUAACAGUGUUCACGCUCAAUUAUUUCUUCCGGUCCAUUCAGGAACAGAUGCGGCAACUCAACCACGACCCUGUCAACUUCCAGGAUGUCAAGGAUGAGAUUUUUGACAUGGUCAAACCUGCGGAUCCUUGCAAGAUUACUCUGCAGGAUCUUUUGAACUCUGGACAAGGGGAUGUUGUUGUUGGGAUCCUCAUCGAUCUCAACGGAUUCUGGAAUUAUGAAAACAGAGAAAUCAAUGUUCCUGACCAAAACGAAGAACCUACUCAAGUUUAAAUUCUAUUUUAGGUUU